ACCAGAACACGCUAACAAUUUCUGUUUUCUUUUUUAAUUAUAAAUAAGAAACCUUCAACAACCAAUUUAACCACACAAACAACAAACCCUAACCCUAGCCCCACCUGCUUCAAACUCCUCUCCUCCAUAUAAAUAAUCCAGAACCCAUCACACAAUCAUACAAAUUUCCUCUCCGGCUCCCAACAAUUUCGUUUCUCUCCUCUGUUUUGAAAAUUUCUUGCCGGAGAGCUGAUUUCUUGCUCCGGAUUUUUGUUUAGAAAUAGAAAUAGAUCAACAAAAGAAAACAGGAUCUUUUAAUUAUCGUUGUGAAUGGUGGAAAUCUUAAGCAGUAGUAAUUACAUGCUCUCCCUUUGCAAAUCAAGGGCGGGCGUUGUCUCUGCUGCCUCUGCUUUUGCUUUCGGAUCUUGCAAGGAAGGCUGGUACUAUCGCUGCCUCGGCGUCGACCCCUGAAUCAUCUAAUUUCAAUCUCGGAAAUCUCAAAUUUAUUUUGUUUUUUCGAAAAAGAAAAGAAGCCAAUUCUCUGUUUUUGCCUAAUAUUUCUUUUAUUUGUUCAAUUUGCAAUUAAGAAACAAAAGAGUUCUCUUUAGAUUUUGAUAAACACGCAAAACAAUGUUGCUUUACAAGCCCAAGAAGAAUCAGCCUGCGAAGGGUAACAGGUUCUUGAUUAGCGUGACUGUUUUGGGGAGUGCUGGGCCGAUCCGAUUUGUGGUAAAUGAAAGGGAGAUUGUUGCUGUUAUUAUUGAUACCGCGUUGAAGUCUUAUGCUCGUGAGGGUCGCCUUCCUGUUCUUGGCUCUGAUCUAAACGAUUUCUUCCUUUAUUGCCCCAAUGCUGGUUCUGGUGCUCUGAGCCCAUGGGAGACAAUUGGAUCGUUAGGGUCUCGAAAUUUUAUGCUAUGCAAGAAACCACAGCAGCAGGUGAAGGCAGCUGAAGAUCCAAGACCAAAUGCAGCAAUUACUCGAAAAGGGAGUGGGAGUUGGAAGUCAUGGAUUAAUAAGUCUCUCAAUCUUAAAAUAUCGUCUCAUUAGAUUGAAUGAUUUCAUUCAGUUUCAAGAAAUGGAAACUUUCCUUUAAUUUUUCAUUAUCAAUUUCCAAGUAACAGAUGUUUUGUUACUUUGUUCUCUGUUGCUUCUGUUUUUUUUUGUUUUUUCCUAUUAAUUCCCAGAUUGAAAUAUUCAAUCUUGGUUAUUGUUUCUUUUAUUAUGUUCUGUUUGACUCAUCAUGAACUUAAAUGUACUUUUUGAGUUUUUGCUUUGAGAAUAAAAUAGACAUUUAUUUUUUAUGUCUAA